AUGGGGAAGAGGAAGUCGCGGAGCACCAAGUCGAUGGCGGCGCCGAGGAAGCCGCCAAAGCUGGACACGCUGUUCACCUGCCCGUUCUGCGGCUACUCGGAGGCUGUCGAGUGCCGCAUCGACCUCAAGGACAGGAUCGCCAGGGCGUCGUGCCGCAUCUGCGGCGAAAGCUACUUCACCAGCGCCCACGCGCUCACGGCGGCGGUUGACGUUUACAGCGAUUGGAUCGACGCCUGCGAGCUCGCCAACGAGGGCGUCCGCCGCUGCCGGCCGCGCCUGGUUGAAGCCUGA